AUGGAGGCCGAGUCUCCGGCGAGGCGCGGGGCUCCCGAGCCCCGGGCGCUGGGCGCGGCGGGCAGCCUGCUGCGCAGGAUCCACGGCAAACUGUUCACCUGGAAUAUUCUGAAGACCAUAGCUCUGGGCCAGAUGCUGUCCUUGUGUAUAUGUGGGACAGCCAUCACCAGCCAAUACUUGGCAGAGAAGUGCAAGGUGAACACCCCCAUGCUUCAGAGCUUCAUCAACUAUUGCCUGCUGUUCCUGGUUUACACGGGGAUGCUGGCUCUCCGCUCAGGCAGUGAUAAUCUAUUAGAGAUUUUGAGACAAAAAUGGUGGAAGUACAUCCUGCUGGGCUUAGCAGAUGUGGAGGCUAACUACCUGAUUGUCAGAGCAUACCAGUACACAACUCUAACCAGCGUCCAGUUUUCAGGAUUGUACAUCCUGUCGUUUACUGUCAUCAUGGUGGGCUUCAUCCUAUACUGCUCCACCCCGACACGGACAGCAGAGCCAGCUGAAAGCAGUGUGCCUGCUGUUACCAGCAUUGGGAUUGACAACCUGGGACUGGAGCUUGAGGAGACUGGACUUCCGGAGACCCUCUCUGCAGCCUUGUAG